GAACUUAUUAUUGACCGUACUAAGAAGUUUUUAAAAGGUGGACCAAAUAUUUCCAAAAACCUCUUAUCGCAGCUCGUUAAGAAAUUCACCUCAAGGGUUGAUAAUGAAAUGUCACGAAUUUUGAUAGUUUGGGUAUCCAAAAAUAAAUUGGAAAGUUAUAAAAAUGAUGAAAAUGACCCGUUAUCAUUGGAAGGGUUGAAGUAUCUUUUAAUGAAAACUCUUGAUACCAAAACACCGUUUGCUACUUCAGAGUUUGAUAUUUGGAAAUAUGCUUUAAAAAAAGUUAUAAGUAUUGCUACAAAUAAUAGAAAAACUGAUCUUUCAGAGUGUAAUGCCGAUGAAAUUAAGGAAGUAAAGAUUCAUUUAACACCAUUUACCUAUUAUAUUGAUUUAAAUCGAAUGGAUGUAAACGAAAUUAUGAAAUACAUUGAACCUGUAAAUAUUUUUAAAAUUGAAAAAAUCAAGGAUAUUUAUCGUUCUAAAGCAAGGGACAAGGAAUCAGCAAAUAUUCGUGGAGUACCUGCUUUUAAAUGGAAUAAUAAUA